GUUCAGAAUGAACAAAAAACAUUGGCAAAAAGUACAUUUAUUAAAUACACCAUAGACAAAAAAAUUCUUUUAUUUAAUAAGUGUAUGUGUUUCAAAUAUAAAAAAUACAUAUUCAAGUACUAUUGUUAGAUAACAAACUCCAUGAAACCUUCCCUGUGAGAGGAUAAGUCAUGGUGUUAAAGCUCGGUGAUCUCAUCUGCGUUUCAGACUGUGGAAUUGGUUAAUCUCGUGAGCUCGGUCGGUGAACAGUCUCGUGUGUUCGGUUGUCUUCUCAGAUAAGCCUCAGAUCCCCGAGCUCCACACUUACACACACACACACAGGAAGGUUCCGGUUGCAUCUGUUAAGCAAGAUCAUCAGUUCCUGCUAACCGGGACUGGUGAGUGAUCCUUCAGCAGGUGUAACAUGAGUAAUGGAUGGAGACAUUCCUGAAAGACUUCAUCUCCCUCCUCCCGUCCUCUGUCUCUUCCCUGUUUCUUUGAACACUCCUCGGGGGUGUGUGUGUGUGUGUGUGUGUGUGUGGAGAAGGUGCUGACGGGGUGAGAGUGGCCAGACUUCGGAGACUGAGGAGGUAACAGCACUGAAUCUAGCACUUGACAUCUGCCAAAAAAAAAAAAAAAAGCGCAUACUUUCCAAGAAUACAUCCGAACGUGUAGUAGGUAAAGGUCACGGCUGAGGUCUCGGCUGGACGCUGGAUAUUUCUGGCUCAUGAGGGUCAGGGGUUGGCAUUCACCUUCGUUCCUUUCCAGACAAAACUCAGAUGCCAUUGUGGAUUGUUUUGGAUCGUGGAUGUGGUUGAGCAGAAACAGGACGUUGGUAGAGAAGAUUCAGAGUAACUUGAGAAGAAACUUUGGAGUUUGGAGCUUGGAUUUGAAGGGCAGCCACAACCAGAGAACCACGGCGUUCCGGCAUCCCGUGACGGGUCAGAUAUCUCCGGAGAACACGGAUUUCGUCGUGCAGGAGCUAGGGAAUUCCCACAUGUCGAAGCCGCAGUCAGAGCCGAGACCCUCCAGCAUGGUCAGCGAGUCCUCCGUGGCCGUCACCUCGUCCACCGUGGACGCUCCCUCGGGACUCAAGCCUAUAAAAUCCAGUGGAAGAGUGCACAGCUUUGGAAAAAGAGAUCAUGCCAUCAAGAGGAACCCGAACAUCCCUGUAGUAGUGAGAGGAUGGCUCUACAAGCAGGACAGCUCAGGAAUGAGACUGUGGAAGAGGAAGUGGUUCGUGUUGUCAGAUUACUGCCUCUUUUAUUAUAAAGACAGUCGAGAGGAGACGGUUUUGGGGAGUAUCCCACUGCCGAGCUACGUCAUUUCCCCGGUGGAGCCUGAAGACCACAUUAGCCGCAAGUUCGCCUUUAAGGCGAGUCACACAGGCAUGCGCUCAUACAUUUACAGUAAGAACUCUGUGAUUGGCUCGCAGGCCGAGCACGGCGGCAUGAGGACCUACUACUUCAGCGCAGACACGCAGGAGGACAUGAACGGCUGGAUCCGAGCCAUGAACCAGGCGGCGCUCAUGCAGAGCCACAGCUUAAAGAGAGAAACUUCCAAAUCUGAGCAACAGGCCAUGCCUCAGACCAAUCACAUCCCAGCAAGCAGUAACAGCACCGCCCACGCUGAGGUCCUGCACCAAUCAGGGUGGGUGGAGACGACAGAGCGAGAGCCCAGACACGAGCAGGAGGUAGAGGCACGCCUGGAGGUCCCGGUCAAAGUUGUCUACACAGGAGAUGGAGAUGCAAACGGUGUUUCUCUGGAAUCUGGAGCUCCAUCUCGAUUCGCGUCGUCCGGGGCUGCUCAGAGGAACGGCGUGCACAGCGAGCAGAACGGCGGCGUGGCGUAUCAGAGGGGUCUCGCGCCCCGAGCAGACACGGAGAAACACGUGCAGAGGAAGACGGCGCUGGCGCAGGUGGAGCACUGGGUCAAAGUUCAGAAAGGAGAGCCUAAAAGUCUUUCUAGCCAUCCUGUCUCGGAGUACACUCUCCCCAGACGCACUCCUCCCCUCCAACCCAAGCUGGUCAUGACCGAGUCGUACCAGUCUCUCCCGAAGAGCGCUCGCCGUCCGUCCGCCAGCUCGCCCCCGGUGCCCCGCGACAUGCCCAGCGACUACAAGUACGCCCACGACCGUCUCAGCCACUUCCGCAUGUCCACAGACGAACGUAUCGCUGCUAAAGAGGGCAUGGUGUGGCAGCUUUAUGAGUGGCAGCAGAGGCAGCGUUUCCGUCACGGAGGUCCCGUGGUUCCGCCCGUCUUCACCUCACCCGACUGCGUGGACGCGGCCUCCUUCAGGGUGAUGCUGGAGGUCCCGCGCUCGGUGUCCGUGCCCCCUUCACCAUGCGAAGUACCCCCCUCCAAACUGGCAUCGCCCCGCAGACCUCACACCCCCGCGGACAGAGUGACGGUGCGACCCAUCGACGAAGUAUCGAGCGUGGACGUGGUCCGGUCCACUUCACCGAGGGCCGUUUCCAAGCCAGUACAAAUAGACAGAAGAUCGAUGCCAACGAUGGGCUACAUCACACACACCGUCAGUGCGCCGAGCUUACACGGAAAAACGCCGGAGGAGCUGACCCUGCUCCUCGUCCAGCUCAGGAGACACCAGGCCAAGAUGGCCGACGCAUUCGCUCACCUCCACAACGACGGCCUCUCAGGUCCCAGCCUGCAGGCAGAUGAUACGUACAUGCAGCUGAAGAAAGACCUGGAGUAUCUUGACCUGAAGGUCACAGGAAGGGAAGCGUUGAAGGACAGCAGACCUCCACGGCCGGUUAAAAUAGCCGAAAGCGACGUUGAUGUGAAGCUGAGCAGAUUGUGUGAACAAGAUAAAAUCCUUCAGGAGCUGGAGAUGAGGAUCCGCACGCUCAAAGAGGACAAGGAUAAGUUAGAGUCGGUUCUGGACGUGUCCCAUCAGCAGAUGGAGCAGUACCGGGACCAGCCGCCCCACGCCGAGAAAAUCGCCUACCAGCAGAGACUGCUGCAGGAGGACGUCGUGCACAUCAGGGCCGAUAUUUCUCAAGUGUCCACGGAGAUGGAGAAGGCGUGGACGGAGUACAGCAGGUUGGAGGCGGAUGUGGAGAGAUUGCGAUCGGCGUUGCAGGAGCAGAUGAACCGCAGCAGCCUCUCACAGCAGGAGAAAAGCCAGCUGAGGAAGGAGCUGUGGCGCAUCGAGGAUGUGAUGGCGGGUCUGAGCUCGAGCAAAGCGAACUACAAAAUGAUCGUCGACUCUGUGCAGAAUCCAGGUGAGCGCGGGGCAGUCCCCCCCGUCAUCGCCCUCACGCACCGGAGCCACGCCCGAGAGAGGAAACUCGUGCCUUCGGCGUUGUCUCCAUCUGUGCCUUCUAUCAUGGCGGGAGAACCGAAACCGGCUCAGUCGAGUCCUCACCUCAGUCCAGUGCAGCCCAGCGUUCACACCUUCCAGUUCUCCCAAACUCUCCACAAGCCAGUAUGGACUGAAGAAGACGCUCCACCCAGACCUCCCCUCCCCCACCUCUACAGUCCAGAUGACCUCCCUCCGGCCAUCCCGCCCCUUCCCAAGGAGACCUCCGUCAUCCGCCACACGUCCGUCCGCGGCCUCAAGCGUCAAUCCGACGAGCGCAAACGUGACCGUGAGAUUGGACAGUACCCCAACGGAGACAAGGUGGAACUGCGGACGUUCCUCAGUGAACCUGAACUUCUGGGAGUCAUGGGACAGAUGAGUGGUUUGGGGCAAGAUGGAGGCUACCAGACCUUACCAAGCAGAGGUGUGACAGGUUCUACGUCCAGACUCCAUCAGUCCACAAACAUCUCCUCAUACGUCACCCUGAGGAGAGGAACCGACACGUCCAGCUUACAGGAGAGACCAAAGAGUGCCUUGGAGCGUUUGUACUCGUCUGAAGUGCCGCUGCAGCAGCAGCGAGGUCGCAUGAGCGCUGACGAGCAGCUGGAGAGGAUGAAGCGCCACCAGAAGGCGCUAGUGCGAGAACGCAAGCGCACCCUGAGCCAGGGCGAGCGCCAGGCGUCUUCAUCUCGCCCUCCUUCCUCUUCCUCACGGCCCGUUUCUGCAGACCUGGGAUCAUGGAGGCGUGAGCAGGAGUUUGAUUUGCAGUUGCUGGAGCGAGCCAUACAGGGCGAGGAGAAGGAGAAGGAGAAAGAGAAGGAGAAGGCAUUGGAGCGUAUAGAGAGGCAGCGUUCACAUUCAGACGAGUGGAUCACGCUGCACUUGAACCCUCGCCGAGAGCUCGACCUCGAACCGCUCGACUAUCAGCUGGACCUCAGCAAGGAGCUGUCGAAGCCAGACAAAGUUCUCAUCCCCGAGCGAUACUUGGACCUGGACCCCGAAGAGCCGCUCAGUCCUCAGGAGAUGGAGGCGCGUCACCGCAAAGUGGAGCGCAUAAAGAGCAUCCUGUCCAAGUCCAGUGUACAGAACAUUCCGGGUGUGGAGAAGCCGAUGCUGUCGGAACUGGACUCGGCUCUUCAGGAUCAGGAGAGGAUCAUCACCAUGUCCUACGCUCUGGCCUCUGAGGCUUCAGUCAAGAGCAAGCAGGUGGCAGUUUCUCCGCAGGUUAACAGUCCCACCAUGCUUCCUCUACCUCCUCCUCCACCACCACCUCCUCCUCCACCUCCUCCUCCUCUCCCUCCUUCUGCUGUCGUUCCUGUCGUCUCCUCCCCUCAGCCUCCUCCUCCUCCUCCUCCUCUAAGCAAUGGAUUUCACUACACCUUUGUCUAAUCAGAGCAAACAAAACCAAAGCCGUGUCCGGUCAUUGAGGUGCUAUCACACGACGAUCACUCGCUCUCCUUUCGUUCUUUUAACGGUUGACGAACCGAAAAGCUUCGAGCGUCCAUUUUUCCAUCCAUCCUCUGCAUCGUAGACGAGAAGUUAGCGUGCUUUUGGACUCCAAAAUAUCAGCA